AUGGUACAGCAAAGAAAAUUUAUCAAUGAGUUGUUAGUAUCUUAUGACAUGCUUGACUCUACACCCAAAUCAACUUAUGUACCACUUAAUCUCAAAUUGCUACCUGUUAUGAGUGAUCCACUUCCUGAUGCAACUGUCUAUAGACAAUUGGUGGGCAAACUUAAUUUUCUGCUUCAAACACGCCCUGACCUUGCAUUCACCAUUCAAUACCUUAGUCAAUUCAACAAAAUUCUAUGUCAAGAACAUUAUCAAGUUGCAUUACAUGUUCUUCAAUACUUGAAAGGAACUAUUGAUCAAGCUCUCUACUUUAACAACACGCAUUCUUAUCAAAUAGAAGCUUAUUGUGACUCUGAUUGGGCAGCUUAUCAUGCUACUCAAAGGUCUAUAAGUGGAUAUUUUUUCAUGUUUGGAGGAUCACCUAUAUCAUGGAAGUCUAAAAAACAAGUCACCAUUUCCCUGUCAUUAGAUGAAGCAGAAUAUCGUUCAAUGCGCAGAGUCACAUCAAAACUUGCAUGGAUUAGCACACUUUAUGAAGAAUUAUAG